AUGGCGCCGGAGGCGGCGAGACCAAGAGGCAGACCAGCCCAUACUCCUGGGGUAACGGUGCUAUCGUACACUCCUAAUGGACGAAAAGUAAUCACUGGUGGAUCAAAUUCUGCCAUUCGGAUCUACACAACCGCGGAAGAUGGCGAGCCGAAAACCGUCGACGAGGGCGUGGAUGGCCAUUUGGCGAUAGCUGCACUGAAUGACUCCUUUGUCAUGGGCGCAGAGGAUGGUACCGUUUGGCAAUAUGGUUUGCCAGAUGGCAAAAUGGAUAAAAUGCUCGUCAGGUGCUCAUUACCCGUACGGAACUUAGCAAUUUCUAAAGAUGGAGAAUGGGUAGCGGUUGCCAGCGAUGAACUCUCAGUCAAAAUCGUUAAUAUAGAGGAUAUGACGCAUGUUAAAUACCUUCGAGACCAAACUAAAGCUGUCAAACAUGUUACAUUUGAUCCAAGCGGAAGAUACGUCGCUGUUUCUUGUUCAGAUGGGAUUAUCUAUGUUUAUUCUUUUAUUGAAACCGAACCUACCCUACUCCAAAAAGUUGAUGGUGUGAUUCGAAGAUUAGAAACCGAGGAUGAAGCAACGUCUCAAGCUGUAUGGCACCCGGAUGGUACAGCGUUUGCGGCUGUCGAAGCUACCAAAGACAUCGUUGUAGUGUCGAGCAGCGAUUGGACAAAACAGAAGAAAUUCUCUAACGGCCACACUGCUGAUAUAACGGCACUAGCAUGGUCACCCAACGGUGCAUUGCUUGUUAGUGCAAGCGCAGAUGGUCAGAUUGUCCUUUGGGAAACGAGAACCCAGAAUAUCCUCCGCAAAUAUGACUUUCCAAACGUCACUAAUGUUGCAUGGCAUCCUGUUGCAAACGAACUCUCAUUCACUACCUCUGAUGGAGAGUUGUUUAUUCAUAAAGAUUUUAUUCCUUCUGAAUAUAAACAAUUGCUUGAGAAGACCCUGGAAGUUGCACCUUUACUCUCAACGGGAAUCGAUGUUGGCUCGGAAUUUCCGAGUAGAACCUUUGCAAAUGGGUUGCGCAGGGAAAGGGGGUUAAGAAAAGACUCCCCUGACUCCCUUGAUGAUAUUUUAGGACCUAUGGACGAUGAGGAAGACUUCGUGGAUGACGACGAUGGUGCUGGCUAUGCUGAAGGUAUCAACCCUUUGGGAAAGCGUAGCAAUGGCCAUCUAGGGGAUCCGUUUGGCCAUGCAAAAAAGCGAAGAACCGGCGAAUUAUGGCAGCCGCAAAAGCAUGAGCCAUUCCAACCCGGUAGCACUCCCUGGCGUGGUGGUAGAAGAUAUUUAUGCCUAAAUCUUAUUGGAUUUGUAUGGAGCGUAGACCAAGAUACUCAUAAUACAGUGACUGUUGAGUUUUAUGAUCGAGAACGUUACCGAGAUUUCCAUUUUACAGAUCCGUUUUUAUACGAUAAAGCAUGCAUGAAUGACAAAGGCACGUUAUUUUCCUGCCAGCCCUCUGACGGAAAUCCUGCUAGUAUUUUCUAUCGACCUCAUGAAAUGUGGACAGCCAGAACAGACUGGAGGACUGACCUUCCAGAAGGCGAAAAAAUCACAGCAAUUGCAUUAAGCAACUCCUAUAUCACUGUCAGCACUUCUGCGAACUAUAUCCGAGUCUACACAUUAUUUGGGACCCCAUUUCGGAUCUAUCGGCAAAAAAGCCAAACUGUCACCUGCGCUGCAUGGCGAGAUUAUGUUCUUACCAUUGGGAAUGGCUCAGUUGGUAGUGAUGGCAUCGCUCAAUUAACAUAUUCAAUAGAAAAUGUUAAAGAGGACCGCAUUUGCCAAAACGAAGACAUUGUUGCCCUCGCAGACGAUACCGAUCUCAGAAGCGUUUUUUUCUCUGAUAAAGGAGAUCCAUGCAUAUACGAUUCGUCUGGAGUACUUCUAGUGCUUCAACAUUGGCGAAAGCCCGGUCAGGCGAGGUGGGUACCUCUACUAGAUACCAAGCAGCUUGAUCGUGUGGCGUCCGGCAAGAAGCAAGAAACAUACUGGCCGGUUGCUGUUGCAGAAAAUGCUUUCCACUGCAUCAUUCUCAAAGGGGGAGAUCAGUAUCCAUACUUCCCUCGCCCACUUCUCACUGAGUUCGACUUUAAAAUACCGAUUUCUUCCACACGCAAGGACCCAGCAAAUGACGACGACGGCGAUACGGAAAUGGAGGCACCGAACGGUCAAGACACUAACCGUAAACUUCAAGAAACCUUGGUUAGGGUCGUCAUCGAAGCCAGUCUUUUGGAAGAUUGUGUAGAAGCGGAAGAAGGCAGCUCGGCGCAACUUGCAGACCAACGAAGGAAAGAGGUCGAGGUUGACAAGACCAUUUUACAGCUGUUGGCAGUCGAAUGUCGGGAAGGAGAAGAAAAGGGGAUGAAGGCAUAUGAGCUGGUUACCAUGUUCCGAGAUCGAACAGGAAAGAUGCUUGAGGCUGCUAGCAAGAUUGCGCAGAGAUAUGAGCGAACAAUUCUGGAUGAGCGGAUCAGGACAUUAGCUGAGAGGAGGCUUCUGGGUGAAGAUGACGACAAUGAUGAUACCUUUGUAUGA